AUGGAUGUGACUGCCAACACCGCCAUGGCACCUGGAACCAAUACCACCCCAGUCACCAGCUCAAGUAGUGCCAUGAAGGCCAUUCCCCUGGAUGAUGGCGACGGUAUAUGGUCUCCUGACAUUGAACAGGCCUUUGCGGAGGCGUUGCAGAUUUACCCCCCCUGUGGUCGUCGUAAAAUCAUCCUGUCCGAAGAGGGCAAGAUGUACGGGCGCAACGAGCUAAUUGCACGCUACAUCAAACUCAAAACGGGCAAGACACGCAGCCGCAAACAAGUCUCGAGUCACAUUCAAGUGCUGGCGCGCAAAAAGCAACGCGAGCUUCAGACCAAGCUCAAAGAAAACCCGGCGGCGGCCCAGCAGUUAGCGCACACUCUCAGCGGACUUUCCUCGGCCGAGAUUGUCAGCAGCACCAUUUCUCCCUCAAGCCGCGAACGAAGCGAGACGGAGAGUGCCCACCACGGUCGCAUGAUGACCUACAGUGGCACCGAUAGCUACGCCCAGCACGGCGCAUCGGCCGCUCAACAGAACGCCUGGCAAUCACGUACCUAUAACGGCAUUGCACGCUUGCGCUUGGCCUUGGACUAUUUUCACGCCUUUGUAGACUACCCCAUGGGUGCGGGGUCACACAACUUUGUUGAGCUCACGGGCUCGUACCACUUUGCGGAUCCGCAAAUGGAGUGCAUCGAGCUUUCGCAAAUCGCCGACAAGUUCCCCCGCCUCCACGAAGCCUAUCUCCAGGGCCCACCUGAAGCCUUUUUCUUGGUGAAAUUUUGGGUCGACAUGACGUUUGAUCCGAAUCAAACCAUGCACGCGAUGGCGGAUACCGAGACACCCGGGCAUGGCAUCAACGAUCGCUCUUUCUUUGGCCUGACCUGCCGCUUCGAAAGCCUUGAAUGCAUGGUGGUCGAGAUCUCCAUGUGCGCAAUACAGCUCGGAAAACCGGUGGUGGAGAAAAUUCAUGUGGAGGAACCCAUUCAUGACCAGAGCCGCUACGUCUACGCCAUGAAUCGAUCCCCGCUGUGUGAGUACAUGGCUACGUUUGCUCAGCGGCUGCGCGCACUGGACGACAUUGACAUGAUGAACAAGGUGCUGGAAAAUUUCCACGUCACGCAAACCGUUCGCAACCAAUCCACGGGCGAGGUCCUCUUCAGUUUUGCAUGCGUGUUUGAGGUCGCCAAGCCCGGUCUCGGUUGUGGCCAUCACGUGUACAAAUUGGUUGAUACCGAUGAUGACAUGUUCAUGCGGCGCUACACGACCUAA